GUCAGAGCCAAAAUGGCGGCGUAUCGGAGCGGAACCACAGACGCGGAGGGUUUCGGGUAAAAGAAGCGAAAGUUCCGCGUUUUCCUGCGAACCCCGCGCCGCGCCGGACCCGGACCCGCGGGCGCGCACCUCCCCGGACCCGCCGAACCGCGCCUCCGUCCGGACCGCGCUUAAAUGACCUGGACAUGGCGGAGAGGCGGGUGGAGUGCCAGUGGAAGAGACACGUUUUGGAGCAGCUCAGACUGAGAGAUCGAGUCCAGAGACACGCCUUCGAGGAGCUCGUCCACCAGUAUAACCGUCUCCUGGAAAAGGCCGACCUGCAGGCGGUUCUGUCCGAGCGAUACCAGACCGACAAAUAUGACGCUCCCAGACUCCACGACGGCAGCGCCGGCGCCGACUCGAGCCGCAGCGACGCCCUCCAACAGGAAAUGGCCCAAAUGAGAAUCAGACACCAGGAAGAACUGACGGAACUGCACAAGAAGAGAGGAGAGUUGGCUCAGAGCGUCAUCGAUCUGAAUAACCAGAUCCAGCAGAAGGACCGAGAGAUCCAGAGCAACGAGGCAAAGAUGUUGGAGCACCAGCAGCAGAUCAGCACUUUGGAGGGAGACUGUCGAGAGCUCCGGAACACACUACAGGAGCUGGAGCGGGCGAAUCAGACUCUGAAGGACGAGUACGACGCUCUGCAGAUCACCUUCAGCGCUCUGGAGGAGAAACUGAGGAAGACCUCAGAGGACAACCAGGAGCUGGUGUCCAGGUGGAUGGCUGAGAAAGCCCAGGAGGCCAACAGGCUGAACGCCGAGAACGAGAAGGACACCAGACGGAGACAGGCCAAACUACAGAAGGAGCUCGCAGACGCCGCCAAAGAACCUCUGCCCCUCGACCCAGACGACGACAUUGAGGUUUUGGCCGAAGACUCGAGUAAAGGAGGAAGUGGAGGAGGAAGUGGAGGAGGAGGAGGAGAGACGUCGCCGCACCGAGCGCUCACCCGGACGUCCAGCAGUAAGAAGCAGACGCCGGCGCCCCCUGGAGGACUCCUCGACUCCAUCUCCAACAUUUUCGGCGUCUCUGAGUGUGGACGUCCUCCUCUGCACAGGCGCAGACACACAAACUCUCUCAGCUCUCCGCCCGAGGACACAGAGACCCCUGCUGGUGUGUGUGCGGAAGUGCGCGUCCCCAAGACCGCCCUGCACGUGUUCGAGGCUCACGAUGGGGAGGUGAACGCCGUGAAGUUCAGUCCAGGCUCGAGGCUCCUGGCGACGGGAGGAAUGGACCGAAGAGUCAAACUCUGGGAAGUGAUCGCAGGUCAUUGUGAGGCCAAAGGAGCUCUGACCGGGAGCAACGCAGGAAUCACCAGCAUCGACUUCGACAGCGCCGGUUCGUAUCUUUUGGCCGCUUCCAACGACUUUGCGAGUCGCAUCUGGACCGUGGACGACUCCAGACUCCGGCACACUCUGACCGGUCACAGUGGGAAGGUUCUGGCCGCUCGUUUCCUCCUGGACAACGCUCGAAUCGUCUCCGGGAGCUACGACCGAACGCUCAAACUCUGGGACCUGAAGAGCAAAGUCUGUAUGAAGACGGUGUUCGCCGGCUCCAGCUGUAACGACAUCGUGUGCACGGAGCAGUGUGUGAUGAGCGGCCAUUUUGACAAGAAAGUCCGAUUCUGGGACAUCAGGUCGGAGAGUAUAGUUCGGGAGUUGGAACUUCAGGGCAGAGUGACGUCGUUGGACUUGAACCACGACAGAACAGAGCUGCUCUCCUGCUCCAGAGACGACCUGCUCAAGAUCAUCGACCUGAGGACCACCGCCGUCAGACAGACCUUCAGUGCCCAGGGUUUUAAAUGUGGAGCCGACUGGACCAGAGUCACCUUCAGUCCUGAUGGCAGUUAUGUGGCCGGCGGCUCAGCAGACGGAGCUCUGUACGUGUGGAACGUGCUCACGGGGAAAGUCGACCGAGUCCUCGACAAGAACCACAAUUCUGCCAUAAACUCGGUGUCGUGGUCUCCGUCGGGCGCGUACGUGGCGAGCGUGGAGAAGGGCAGCCGCGCCAUCCUCUGGUCCGACAUGUGACCGGCGCCGACCAAUGGGGACGCGGCGCCGCUCAGAGACUGAAUGUGAUUGGACGUUUGUGUUUUAAACGAACUGUGUCUGACGUCUGUGAAUCUGCUCCAAUAAACAAAAGAUUUAUUUAUGUCCCA